UCGUGGCCAGAAUUUAUGAUUUUUCAUACAUUUUACAGGCGCUCAAGUGAAUUGGUUUGAUAAAAUAGUAUGCGGCUGUUGCCUGUCGAGAUAUCGCUAUUAAUAAUCAUCGUUCAUUUAUCAGCAGCUCUGAUUGAAAAUGUUACAGUCAAUGACAAUAUAAGUAAUGACAUAAAAGAAAUAGAAACACGAAGAAAAAGAGGCAAACAUAGGGAGCUGUCUACAUCAUCGUCGGAGGGUUUUCGUAAAAGUGAUAGUUCAAGUAGAGAUGGAAAACAUGAAUCCUUAGACAUAUCACCUUCAUCCACAUCAUCCUCUGAGAAAAUGAACCAUCCCAAAUCGUCCAAAGAACGGAGAGGAUGGAGAAAAUGGCAUCGCAAAUGUACCCCAUGCCCCGAAGACAUGGUGAAGAAAUGGAAAAAUCCGAGUAUACAGUGGAUAUGUGGAGCUUAUCAACGUGCUCGGAGAACCUUCAAAAGCCUUUGUAUGAUGUACUAUAGGAAUUGUCAGGAUGGUACCAUGUUUGUGAAGAUUCACGACAAUCGCUGUGCAAAUGAUACGGGACGGGAUCAGCCCUAUAACAUUCACUUCUUCUACGAUUACAAUGUCAAAUCCCGCUCUAGCAAAACCUCGGACUCGACUGUUGAAAGUUCUAUCUCAGAUGUAUAGAUAUUUUUUAAAUAAUAAACAUCGAAAUAAGUAUCGGAACUCUGA